AUGAGAGGCCAGGAAGUCACUUCUAUGUCAAACAGUAAUUUGUCAGGAGGAAGCACUGCCGAACAACAUAAAAGUUUUUUUCUUUUUAGUCGAACCGCACUGUGUUCAGAAAAUGGCGGACAAGACAGCGGAUGGGGAGGCGUUACAUAUCCCAUGUUCCUGCAGUCGCUCUUUCUAGUGGACCUGCUCUCUACUACAAAAGGCGAGCAAGUUGGUUAAUUUUUCAUCAUUGUUAAGCUGACUCUGAGAGAUUCUGCAGGAGGUCUGGGAGGCUACGACAUCCUAAAGGUCCAUGAUGCUGAGCCCUUCCUGGGGGUGGAGGUGAAAUUUGUGGAUGUGGCAGCGUGUCAGCAGUUCCUGGAGAGCUACAGCUCCGGAGCGGUGCUCCAGUCCCUCAACCAACAGCGUUCAUGGCUGCUAUUGUCUGUAAAUAUGUGUCUGGACCAGCUGGCUGUCUGUCUGCAGCACAUCCACCUUUCACAGCCUUGUUUAGUGUCUGUGGGAGGUUGUGAGGCUGAGAUCGAUCAUCUGCAGCAGCUCCCAGAAUGCUGUGCUUCUGGCCCUAGUUCAGUCACACAGGAAGAGUCUCCAGUCCCCAGCAACUGCUUCAAGUUUCAGAAUCAGAAUCUGAAUGAGGACCGAAUGCUGACACCGGCAGAUGUUCAGAGCUUUUCGAACGGAGUGGGCCGCCAGUGGAAACAUGUAGGGAGGGCCCUGGGGAAGAGCUGUCGGGCUCUGAAGGGCCCCGUCAUUGACAACCUGGCCUACGAGUACGAGAGAGAAGGGCUGUAUGAGCAAGCCUAUCAGCUGCUGAGCCGCUUCAUUCAGGCGGAGGGGAGGGCGGCCAAGCUGAGCCGACUGGUCAGAGCUCUGGAGGACAGCAAACUCACCAGCCUGGCUGAAAACAUGCUGGGCAUGCAGCCCCGAGAGUAACUCUGUGUGCCAGUUUUAAGACCCAAACUGAGGGCCGGGCUCCUACGUGGGAGUGGAAACGUUCUCCCGCCGCUUUUUUACAUUCAGAGUAGCUGUUCCCGACUUUCCUCAUGUUUGAAUCAGAACCAAGUGUGUGUGAAUUCACAGUUUAUGUAUGUGUGUGUGUGUGUGUGUGUGUGUGUGUGUGAGGGAGAGGAAGAGAUUCAGAUCAACAUUUGUAAUCUUUUGUUUGUUUGAAGUAAUCUGUCAUCACUGUUAAAAGAAAAUGCAAUCUGGAGUUUAAGACACUGUGUGAAGCGUUUUUAUCAUGUGUUACAGAUCGGACCUGUCGGGUCCUGCUUCUAGUGACAACGCAACUGAAGGAUAUUGAUUUUUUUUUUUUUUUUCUCCGAUAAAAUGGGUUCUAGCAAAUUAAAUGGUUGUGGAAAGAAGGCUUAUGUUUCUGUUUGAUGCAUUAGUGUAAUUAAAACGGAAAACACAAUUUUGUCUAAAUUCCCUCAGGUGUAAUUUGGUGUUAAUCCUCCUCCCGUUCGCCGCCAUCACUCAGUCACUCACACACGUUCACGUUCUGCCUACGACUGAACUAGUGUUUGCCGAUGUUGCUGCUGAAUGUGUUUGUAUGUGGGUGUUUGAGUCUCACUGUGGCCGAAGUGUGUGUGUGUGUGUGUGUGUGUGUGUGUGUCUUACCAUGCCGACCAUAGAUCAGAUGGAUGGACAGGGUUGGCUUCAACCCCCUCCACUCUUCCUCAAUUCAUACUCUGCUUGACCGUCCAUCCAGAUGUGAUGGCUGGAUUAGAAGCUUUUAUCACGCACACUUUUUACAGCCUUAUGGUAUGGACACAAACAUGGACAAGCAGUCAUUGGAAGUAACGAGAUUGUUUCAGAAACAGCAGUGAGAAUCCUGAUCUGCUUAAAGAUUGCACCAAAAGAUACUGAGGAGAUGGACAGAGGUGAAAAGAGAAAAAAAAAUGAAGAAAGAUGGAGAGAGAAACAGCAGACAACAGUUCAAGAGAGACAACAAACUGGAGAGCUGAAGAGGCAAAGCUGAAGUCAGCUGAAAGAGAGAGAGAGGUGAAGACGACUAGAGAGAGAAAAAAACUGAAGGGAGUAAAAGAGAGAGACAGAGGCGAAGACAUUUAAAGAGAGAAGUGAAGAGAGAUGCAGAGCUGAAAAUGUUUUAUUUGGAGCCCAGUGGAGGAAAGGGAGCGUGCGCCCAAGAAUUGUUUUAAAGAAAACCAUAAAACCUACAGCAAUGAUGCUUAACUUUCCACAAAGCAGGCGCUUGGUUUUGAUACAUAAAUUAUUUCUAUACAGUGUCAUUUGUACAAGCAUUUUGUUUGUGAAAAGUCAAAUUUGAAAAAGCUUCAGUUACAGUAACACACGGUGGCAGUUUGCAUUACACUGUAAAACGAAAACGUCCAAAAACUGACACAAAACUUAAAUUGUGAUUUUUUUUUUUUUUCAAACAAUCCAUAAGGGAUAUCAAAAAGCUAAAUUGUUUGAAAAUAGCUAACUGCCUUGUGACUUGUUUAGCACAUACAGGUGCACCUAAAUAAGUAUGUAAAGGCAAUUGAAAGGUUUAUUAUGUCAGUAAUUGUACAGUACAUUGGUGCAGUAUUCCAUGCAUAUCAUGUACUGUAAUAAACCUACUUUUUCAGUCAACUCA